GUCGUGACGUCAGAGGAGGUUGCUCAACGUCACACCGGAAGUUGACCUGUGGGCCGACUCGCCUCGCCGUGUUCGCCGGUGACCUGCGCAGGCUUUGGCUCAUUAGAACGGGCCUAUUGUUGGACUGUCGCGGCGUCGAGGAGGCCACACCGGGGUCGCUGGGUCAUAAACAUGGCGGCGUUCAGUAAAUAUGUGACCGCGAGGAACUCCUCGAUAGCAGGCGGCGUCCUGCUGGUUUUAUACCUGCUCAAACACAGACGACGGUCGCACAGGCAGAACAGAAAAGGACAGUCAGAUCUAGUGCUGAACACGGAGAAAGAUGGCAAAAAAGAUCGUGCUGCAGUGGACAUGGUCUUCUUCCUCCGGAUCACACGGAUUCUGCGGCUCAUGAUUCCUCGUGUCUUUUGCAUGGAGACUGGAUACCUUAUCCUUAUUGCAAGCAUGUUGGUGGCUAGGACCUACUGUGACGUAUGGAUGAUUCAGAAUGGCACCAUGAUUGAAAGCGGUAUUAUAAGCAGGGACAUCAAUCUCUUCAAGAAGCACUUUUAUUCCUACAUAUCAGUGAUACCAGGGAUAGCCUUGGUGAACAACUUCCUGAAGUUGGGCCUCAACGAACUGAAGCUCAGGUUCCGGGAAAGGCUCACAAAGAGUCUGUACGACAAAUAUUUGCAAGGUUUCACAUACUACAAAAUGGGAAACCUGGACAACCGGAUAGCCAAUGCUGACCAGCUGCUGACACAGGAUGUAGAGAAGUUCUGCAACAGUGUGGUGGACCUGUACUCCAACCUCAGCAAGCCUCUGUUGGACAUCGGCCUGUAUAUCUUCAAGCUGACGACUGCCAUUGGAGCUCAGGGCCCAGCCAUCAUGAUUACCUACUUGGUGAUCUCAGGGCUGUUCCUAACCAGACUUAGGAGACCCAUAGGCAAGAUGACAGUAACCGAGCAACGCUACGAGGGAGAGUAUCGUUAUAUCAACUCACGGCUUAUAACCAACAGUGAGGAGAUUGCCUUUUACAAUGGGAACAGGAGGGAAAAACAAACCAUCCAUGCAACAUUCAAGAAGCUGGUGGACCACUUGCAUAAUUUCAUCUACUUUCGCUUCUCCAUGGGAUUUGUGGACAGCUUAAUUGCAAAGUAUCUUGCCACUGUGGUAGGCUACCUGGUGGUUAGCCGGCCAUUCCUGAACCUGUCCGACCCCCGACAUUUGCACAGCACACACUCUGAGCUACUUGAGGACUACUACCAGAGUGGAAGGAUGCUCCUGAGAUUGUCUCAGGCCCUGGGCAGGAUUGUACUGGCUGGUCGAGAGAUGACCCGCCUCUCAGGAUUCACUGCUCGUAUCACUGAACUUAUGAAAGUCUUGAAGGAGCUCAAUGAAGGCAAAUAUGAGCGCACCAUGGUCUCCCAGCAGGAGCGGGAAUUGAACUCCGCAGAAAAUCUCACCCUGGUGCCCGGAAGUGGUCAAAUCAUCAACAAAGAUAACAUCAUAAAAUUUGACCACACACCACUGGCGACACCCAAUGGAGACGUCCUGAUCAGAGACCUCACGUUUGAGGUGAGCUCUGGAACUAAUGUUCUUGUAUGUGGACCAAAUGGCUGUGGAAAGAGCUCUCUGUUCAGAGUUCUUGGAGAGUUGUGGCCUUUGUUUGGAGGAGAGCUGACAAAACCUGAGAGAGGGAAGCUGUUCUAUGUUCCACAGAGGCCAUACAUGACUUUGGGUUCUCUGAGGGACCAAGUCAUAUACCCAGACACCCACGAAGCACAGAUGAAGAAAGGCAUCUCUGACCAGGUGUUGAAGGAGUACCUGGACAAUGUUCAGCUCGGCCACAUCCUGGAUAGGGAGGGAAACUGGGACGUAGUCCAGGACUGGAUGGACAUUCUCAGUGGAGGAGAGAAGCAGAGGAUGGCUAUGGCCAGACUUUUCUACCACAAGCCCCAGUUUGCCAUUCUGGACGAGUGCACCAGUGCAGUGAGUGUGGAUGUAGAAGAUUACAUCUAUAGCCACUGCAGGAAGGUUGGCAUCACCUUGUUCACGGUGUCUCACAGAAAGUCUCUCUGGAAACACCACGAGUAUUACCUCCACAUGGAUGGGAGGGGAAACUACGAGUUCAAGCCUAUCACAGAGGAAACUGUGGAGUUUGGCUCAUAGGCGACUGCUGACAUUAGCUACAAAUACACUGCUUUGACAAAACCAGUCCAUUAAUUCUUUGCACUCUAGACAGUGGUUAAAGCUGAUACUAGAAUCUGUUUUUAAUCAUUUGUAACUCUUUGUAAGCCUUGUUCAUGCUUUGAUACUUAAAACGCCACCUUUAGUCCUGUCUAAUCCUAACUUUUGAUGGUGUAAACUGCACUGUGUACCUUUUGCUCAUACCUGACAUCAGUAUCAGAGUUGGUGUGUAGUGAUGAACAGGAUGAACAAUAGUCUGGCAUCAUGUCUUGCACAGAAUAAUACUGAAGUAAGAGCACGCUUGCACCAGUCAUCAUGUAGGAUGCACACCCACAGAAAGCAUCCCAGAUAAGUUGUUUUCAGGCGUGUUACCUCAAAAUUAUUAAUAACAGUAAGCAGGUUUAGGCUAAAUUAAAUGGUUAAACUUGACCCCCAGGAAGCAAGGUAGGGAUGAAUGACGUAACCAGAGGAUGAUGGGAUAUCCUUGUGAUUUCUUCCACUGUCAGAUUUGCACUGUUUACUAAUGAUUGAUUAUUAGCUGAUGAUAACAGCUGCAUUUAUGUAGAGAGGCCAUUAUUGUUAUGAGACCCCUGACAAGUUAAAAGGUUUGGGAAAUAAUUUACAUCCGUGUCAAAUCCAAGCACUGUUUGUUUUAAUUAGGCUAUGAUUGUGCAAUGCUCUGAGGCAACUUCAGACCCUGACGAAUGCUUGGUGGAGAACAGGUCUGUUCUGUUUGACAGGAGGUUCUGGUGUAGAGCGUAGCCCGAGUAUGACUGUCUGAGCAUGUUAAUGUACAUGUUCUGUCAAACACUGAGGGUUUGUUAUGAGCACAUAAACUAGUGCUCCUGGACACAGACUUGGCUAGUUAGACCUCUGGCCUCAGUGGCUGCUCUCAGCUCCAGCAUGUCCUUAUUGUGGAUAGUGUUUCUGUUUCAUAUUUAUCAAAGCCAGAAUAAUACAUUGCUUAUUUCAAAAAGGCCAUUUUCACUUUUUUAUUUUUUAAUAAUGAUGCCAACAGUCACAUGAUCGUGAUUGCCGUCAUUAACUUAAUUUUGCCAGUUCAUAUCAUGAUUAUCCUCUUUUUCUUUUGGUCUAAUAAUGAACCUUUUUUUUCUGAAGGUUUGUCUGGUUGUUAGAUCAUGUUCUAACUUUUGUUCGACUUUAAUUAACCCAUGGACUGGGUCUAUUGCAGUCACAGCUUCUCUCAGUAAGUCACUGGUACAAGAAUUUGCAGGCCCGUCCACCAGUCCUUCAGCUAUUACAUAACAUCUCAUUGUGAUGUAAUAUGUUCAAAUGUAAAGGAGCUCUAGCUCUAACCAUGUUUUUAAAUGAAUGAUAAUACUGUUAUUAUCUCACUAUGCAUUAAAUAAUAAAAAUAAUAAAUUUGCA